GCGGGAUGUGUGCGUCGUCUUAUUUCUUCCCCGUUCUUCCAAACUGUCUGCAGUCAGUUCCGCUUCGGAGCAGCGUUCCCGCCUCCUUCACGCCGUAACGACGAACCGGUUCCUUCCGUUUUCCCUUAACGACUGGAUGUAAAAAUCUGAUCAUGAGGAGACGGCUGGUUGUAUAUGGCUGGAUGCUGAAACUUUGUUCCAUUUGCGUGGAAUUGCAGGUUUGAAUCUGGAAUCGGGGCCUUGAUCAUGGCCGGCAGCAGUUUGUUUGGUGAGUUCCCAUCUCCAGAGUCUUGUGUCACCUCCCUGCUGUCAAGUUCGGGUCACCUGAGGAGCAGUCUGCGACCUUCAGAUCCAAACACAACCUUCAGAUACAAGGACAAGCAGUACGACUCGGCCUCUGCGGCGCUGGACGCUUACAUCGCAGACUUUGAGAAGAGCGGUCAGAGUUCCAGCUCGCUGCUUCUGCCGCAAGACCGGCCCUCCACACUCAGAAAAACAGUGAGGACCCCCAGAAACAGAGACGUUCUCAGGGAGCGUCUGACUGACAGAGAGCUAGACUUCCUGAAGCUUCCUGUGAGCUCCCUCCGUCACCAUAGUAACCGCCAGAGACUCUCCAUGACCACAGAUGAACUGCUGUCCAUACCAAAUGACGGCUCCAUGCCGGUCACCCACACCUCUGCCUACAUACAAGGUCUCCUGACCCGGCCUGGACUCUCCCAGUCCUGUUGCCCUCCCACCGGGCCUGCAGACAGAACCUGUACUGGACUCAGCAGGAGCCACGCCCCCUCCCACCACCAGAGCCACCACUCUGCUCCCACACCCGGGGUGUACAGGAGCAAAGGAAGACCAAAAGCGGCAGCUGAUGACUCCUCAUGUCCUGCAGACAGAGCUGAGGUUUCAGAGCGAGCAGAGCCGUCCUCCCUGCUUCACUUCCCUCACUGGUUCACAAGAAACAAAGCUGCCAUGGACUGUUCUGACAUCAACAGCGUGCCUGACCUGAUGUACCCAGCCUGGCUGCAGCUCUUUGACCCCCCUGAAGCUCCUCAGCCCUCCAUGUCAGAGCCCUGGGAUGACCGUGCUUCCAGAGCUGGAGCUCCCUCCUGGGUGGCUGAUUUGGAGAAAGAGGAUGAUCCUGACCACGCCUCCACACAGAUCACUGUUAGAACACGUCAGCCUGGAGUGAAACGGCCCUCCAUGCUGUCUGCAUGUCUGCAGUCUGACAGCCAGACCGCGCUGAGAGAUCUGAGGCUGCAGUUGGCUGAACACAUCUCUGCGCUCGCUGCAGACAGGAAAGGCUCCGGUGUUCUGACCGCGCUGCACGAAGAACACAAGAUCCAGUCUUUGAUUGAGAAAGCGGAUGGAGUGUUGAGCUUGUUGUCCCAGAGCCACGCGGCAGCAGGAAGUUCGGCCCGUCUCAUGAGCAGUGAUGCAGUACCCAGCUCUGUGGACAUGGAAGACCUGCCUUCACAUCGGCCUGCUUCCUCUCUAGGAGCUGCAGAUGAAGCAUGCGCUGAGGCUGAGGCUGACAGAGAGGAGAAGGUUGAUGGCUGUGGUUCCCAUGGAAACUGCAUCCUGAAGCAUCCUGGACCAGUAGAGGCGUUGAAGCUGAUGCUGUUCAGACUGCAGGCUGUGGAGGCAGAGCUGCAACGGAAAGCAGCGAGUCCACCAGCAGACCAGGUGGAGUCGGUUGUUGACAGUGACGCCCAGAUCCAGGGUUGUCCUGGGAGUCCAUCACUGCAGAGAGCUCUACAUCACCUCAACCACCUGAAGCUGCUGGUUGAAGAGCCCAGACAGAAACACCCAAACCCGGAUGAGGAGAAGGACAAAGAUGAAGACGAGGGACGGUACUCCUCUUCAUCUGCUGAGAGACUGCUCAGCUCUCAGAGAGAGCCUGCAUGAAGACGUGCUGCUUGAACGUGGAUGUGAAGGAAGUUCCUGCUGCUCAGGAUUUCAAAUGAAAGUCCAAAGACUUUUGAGAGGAAAACCAAAACACAAAUGUGUGAUGUGAGCUGAAAUCCUGCACUUUCCUGACAUCAUGUCAGGGUGUGGCACAGAGUUACACUAUUGUUGAGGUGAACACUCUUUCUUUAUUGUGUAUCCACACUCAUGCUCAGGCUCUUGAAAUCGCUGUAAAAUCUAAAUGGGAAGUAUUUUUUAAUAAACGUUCUAAUGUUGAAGGUGA